CCGCAUCAAAUCAUUAUUAAAUGAAUAUCAGUAUAUAACCUUUGAUUUCUCUCUAAAAAAUGUUAAUAGCCACAAGAAAAACUUAAGAAAGCGCCAUUUCUGCUUCUUCUUACUUCAAUCCUUUGCGAGAGAGAGAGAGAGAGAGAGAUAAAGUUUCUUCCUUUUUCCCACGUUUCACGUUCCUCCUCUUACCUCUUUCUCCUUCGCUUCAAUCCCUUCAAGUUUCAGUCUUUAGAUCAAACCAAAAAAAAAAAACGAUCUUUUUCCGAUAAUUCAGUUAACUUCAAUCGGAAAACCAUUUCCAGUUUUCCGGCGAGAUGGCCAACGAAGGAAGUGACCCUUUACUUCAAUACAUGAUUAGCCCGAGAUUGAAAAAACCUCCACAGCUGCUGUUUCCAUUACCAGAAGACAACGAAGUUGCGAUUCCGAUGCCGAUGACACCGUCGGAGUUCAAAGAGCGUUUAAUCUUCGGACCCUUUUCAUGUUCGCCGCGAGAUUCGUCUCACUUCAUCGAUUCCAUGAAACAACCGUCACCGUCGUCUUCUUCAACCGCCGUUAAUAAUCCUUUCUCCGAUUCCUCAACCCUAGAUCCUCUGCUUCCACCACCACCACCACAACCAGAGCCAUGGUUGUCCGAUCAAACUUCGAGUCACUGUCAAGGCCACGCUCUUCACCGAUCCAAAACAGCACCAGCAAUGGCUGUAAUCAAUGAUCUUCAUCACCCAAUUCGUCAAAAAGAUCCUACAGAGACGUCACGAUCUGUAGUAAGACAAGCUUUUGCUCUUCUCGUUGUGUAUCUCUCUCUAGGUGUGCUUAUCUAUUGGCUGAAUCGUGAUCACUACGUUGUGAAUCAAACCCAUCCUGUAGUUGAUGGAUUGUAUUUUUGUAUCGUUACAAUGUGCACCAUUGGUUAUGGAGACAUCACUCCAAACAGUGUGGUUACUAAGCUGUUUUCGAUUAUGUUUGUGCUUGUUGGGUUUGGUUUCAUUGAUAUUUUGCUUAGUGGGAUGGUCUCUUAUGUUCUUGACCUUCAAGAGAGCUAUAUGUUAGACUCUGCUAAGCGGAGAGAUGAGCCUGAGAAGAGGAGAUCUUAUAUAAUCGAUGUCAAGAAAGGGAGAAUGAGAAUUAGGUUGAAAGUGGCUUUGGCAUUAGGUGUUGUGGUUUUAUGCAUUGCUGUUGGUGUUGGGAUUAUGCAUUUCAUUGAGGAAAUCGGGUGGUUGGAUUCGUUUUAUCUCUCGGUUAUGUCGGUUACUACUGUCGGGUAUGGAGAUCGGGCUUUUAAGACAUUGCCCGGUAGGCUUUUCGCUGCGAUAUGGCUGCUUGUGUCUACAUUAGCUGUGGCUCGAGCUUUUUUGUACUUGGCUGAGGCGAGAGUGGAUAAGAGGAAUAGAGAACGGGCGAAGAAAGUGCUUUGUGAAACAAUGUCUGUCUCUCAGUUUUUCGCUGCAGAUAUUGAUAACAAUGGCUGUGUGAGUAAAGCAGAGUAUGUGAUAUACAAACUGAAGGAGAUGGAGAAAAUAACCGAUAAGGACAUACUACCAAUCUCCAAACAGUUUGACAAACUCGACCGAUGCAGCAACGGAAAGAUCACUCUUUUAGAUCUCUUGGAAGGUGGCAGUGGCGAUUGAUCAAUCCUCUGCAACUUUUUGUUUUAGCUUAGAAUUACAGUUACUAAUUACAACGGAUCAACGAUCCUAAUGAUGCUAAUGGUGAUGAUGAGGAGUCCAGUCUCCAGUUUAUGUAAACUGGUUUGGACCGAUAUUAUGUCUUUGGUCUUGUCUUGCAUAAUUGGUUAAGCAGGAUUCACUGAUUCACAUCACCAAAAGUUAUCCUCUCCUUUCUCACCCAAGAUUAUGAAGAGGAAUUGUGGGAUUUUAUCUUAACCGGUUUGAUGUGUUGCCAAAUGGUUAUGUGAUCGGUUUACUCUGGUACGAUGAGAUUUUGAUGACCCCCUGUAAUUUUUGCAGAUAUAUGGGCUCAAGCCUCAAGGUAUAUAAAUUUGGUUGGAUAAGGUUUGAUCCAAAUUUGUUGGUCCAGUAUGCAAAUAAAACUGUAACUUUCAAGUUCCAAUCUAAAAUAUGUAAAUUCGAAUUUCUUAUCAACAGUUUUAAAAGAGUUUUACUGAUACAUCAUCAGCUUUUUCAUAUUAGUUCUUUUCCAGUUAAAGAGAAUUUCAAUUCGCAUUGUAAUGUAAUCGACCAUGUAUAGUUACUCAACAUAUUGAUGUCCUAAUAUCAAUACCAAUUAAUGAAAAAUUUAGUCUUUUC